CCCACCCUUUUCAUUAUUCAAAAUUCAAAUUUGACAAAAUUAGGGUUUCAAAUUCAAGAAUAUCAAAAUCAAAUCAAUGGCAUCAGAAAUGAAAGGAUUCUUCAAACAAAAGAAGAAAAACUCAGGAAUCAGUAAACCUUCAACAACUAAAUCCAAACCCUCCAACCCUAAAUCCAAACACUCUGCCAGUUUCGGAUCCAAUGUUGCCCAACCUCCUGCUUUAAUCGCCCAUGGUUCUCCUGAUCUCCAAGAAAGUCAUGAUGCAAAUGAAGAGGUGUUGAGGCAAUUUGACUUGAAUAUGGCGUAUGGGCCAUGUGCUGGGAUGAAGAGAUUGGAUCGUUGGCAGAGAGCUGCUACUUUGGGAUUGAACCCUCCUGAAGACAUUCACCGUCUCUUGACAUCUGGUGGCACUGCAGUUUGUGCCGACUCCUUGUGGGAUGGUCGUGUUUGAAGUCCAGAAAAACUAUCAGUGUGUUUAAUUAUGUGGGCGUUGUUGUGUUGCCCUGUACAGUGUCUAGCUGACUUGGGCUUUGUUCUUGUUAUGUUCUCUUCGAUCUUAUCUAAUUUUAUCCUGUUAGGUUAAGCAUCACUGUAUUAGUAUGUCUGAUUUUUCUGUUUUCUGUUUAACUUUGUUUUAAUGGAAUCAAUUUGGCCUA